AUGGCCGACAUUCUCCUUGACCUACUCGAUUCUCGGCAGUCUACGAGCCUCGAUGCCGACGCCAACAACCUGUUCAAUCCGACAACGAGGUCAACCAGGCUCACAUAUCUGUCCCAUCUCGCCGAUCAGAGUCCGGAAGCAUUAGCCUCGACUGAGCCUCAAUCCCUGGCCCAGACAUCACAUUCACUUCUCCUCUCGCUUCAAGGCGUCUCAAAGCGCUCUCACAAGUCCAUCAUCGACUCGGCCUCAAAUCACACAAGCCUAACCCGCGCGUUGCCCACUCUUGUCGCCGACACGGCAGACCUACGGAAUGCCAUUCCGAAGCUUGAAGCAGAGGCCCUGCGCUUUUCCGCCACCUACAGCAAAUCUCGGGACAAUGAGGACUUGGCGGAGAGGAAACGCGCCUUACUGCUACUUCGCAAUGUCGAACGUCUCGUCGACGUGCUAGAACUUCCAACCCUACUCUCUUCCGCCAUCAACACCGUUCCUGCUAAUUACGCAUCCGCCCUUGAUCUCAACGCCCAUAUUCGGAGACUUCACGGCUUGUACUCAUCUUCACCACUUGUCGACCUUGUGUCCCACCAAGCUGAUGAGGCCAUCGUGAAGAUGACGGCCGAUCUCAUCGCUGCCCUCAAGUCCCCUGGACUCAAGCUGGCUGCAUCAUUGCGAACGAUCAGCUGGCUCAGGAGGGUACUUCCGGACAUGUCUUCUAUGAGUUCCACGAGCCGUGGUUCUCAGGAACACACCCUCUCGCUACUUUUUCUCUGCUGCCGCGUAGCCACCUUGGACGCUACCCUGGGGGCUUUACAACCUCUUCGUGAGCUGGCUGAUGACGAGAGGCAGAGGCAACAGAACGCCAAUCAUCAGGCCUGGUCGGGCGGGCAGCAGACAGAAAAGUAUCUCAAACGCUAUGUUGAGAUCUUCCGUGAGCAAAGCUUCAGCGUUGUCUCCAUGUUCAAGAGCAUAUUUUCUGGCACUGGACCCCAGACUGGGACUACGAGCGACGACGAGAAUCCUUUUAAACCCAUGCCAUCGACACUAUCAACAUUCCCGCUUCAUCUUGUGGAGAUGCUCCUCGAAACCUUGAAAAAGUACCUCCCAGUUGUGAAAGACCAAGCAGCAAGGGAUAGUAUCCUCACGCAGGUUUUGUACUGUUCAGGGAGUUUGGGUAGGCUCGGAGGUGAUUUUGGAAUGCUUUUGGCGACAUUAGGAGACGAUUACGAAGUAACAAGACAGUCUGAAUGGGUCGACAUAGUCAAAAGGCACCGGCUACUGUCUGGGCGCCUUGAAUCGGUUAUUGGUGACUUCAAGGCGACAGGGGCCAAAGAGGCAUGA